UCACUCAAGAUGACUGCCGUCCCUCUCCCUAUUCUCCAUCUCCCACACAAUGCACUUCAAAUGUCUCUAAAACAAAUGAGCACUGUGGAACACUUGGCUCUUUCGUUUGUUUCAAACAAAACAAGGCGACUCAUCAAAAUGUUAAAGGAAAAAAAUCAUAUUACUUGCAUAUCCAUGGGCUCACCGAUUUCAAUCGAUUUUCUAUCGCUAACGUUUGAUUACAAAUCCAAUCAAAAAAUUGUGAAAAUAGAUAAUCCGGAACAGAAUGGAUCCCUAUCAAGACUAAAUCUGCCAGGAUUUACCGAAAAACAAUGGAUCGAACAUUUUGCUAAUGUAUUCAUUCAAAACAAAAAAGUUAUGUUAAUCAGCGACCUAGGGGAAAGAAAAAUCGAAGACAUCUAUGAGUCUAUCAAAGAUCUUAACAUCGUCACACUGGAUAUAAUGACCUCUGAAUUUCAAGACUGCAAGCUUUUUAAGCUGUUCCCUACACUAGAAGAAUUGGGAGUUUCCGAGACUCCACUAAGUGCUCCAAUCUUUGUUCAGAAUUUUCAGAGUCUUACUGCAAUUGAUGUGACACUUGACGAUAUAUUAUCCUCAAAUUGUACCAAUUUGUGCUUAGACGACCAACUUAUAUCCGAUAAAGAUCUGAACAUUUUUAUGAGGAAUUGGAUUAAAGGAUCUAACCCUCGUCUUCGAAAACUCACAAACACGUCAGUUCGACACGAACGGGACAUAAGUGAUUCCGUAUUUUUUCGAGGAAUUUCUCAAAUUAAAACCAGGGACUGGUGCGACGAAGAUACUUUUGAUAAGGAAUUCGAAAUAAAGAAUGAAGACGGUGUUAGAGCGAAGGUGACGCUAAGUACGUUCAGUUUUAUUUUUUGCAUUGAGGAUUUCUGAAGGUGUUUUGUUUUUUUUGUUGUUUGUUUGGCAAUAAAGUUUCAAAAAUACUGA